UGUGUACUCCAAGGAAGCAUGGCUAGGCUGCAUGGCCUUCCACCCAUAAUCUCACCCUCAUCCCUCGUAUUUGCUCGGAUUUCAAAUAGAAAAAAAACCCUGCCUAUUUCCUACGUCUUCCCUGCUCGGAUCUUCUCAAAUUCUGGAGCUCCUCACCCAAGAUGUAGCCAAUAAUGACAACCCUUCAUUUUCCGGCCACCCCACCAGUGUCUUCCUUCUCGUCGGGCAGAGCAACAUGGCCGUCCGUGGUAGGCGGAGCCUUGGGGUGAUUUGGUUUGGUCCCUUACGACUGAGGAUGCGAACCAGAUAAAUUGGGGGAGAUUCUUAUCAAAUCCAUUAAAAUCCUUGAAAUUAUAAUUCUCUAGAAUCCAUGAAUUCUACGGAAUUCCAUUAAAAUCCAUGGAAUUAUAAUUCUCUAGAAUCCAUGAAUUCUAUAGAAUUCCAUUAAAAUCCCAUCAAUUCUAUAAUCCUUAAAAAUAUUUUAAAAUCCAAGUUGGACACACCCCUAAUAAUAUAAUAUGUACGUUAGGAAUUUUUGUUAGUUUGAAAAUAUUUUCCAUGAUGACACUUUUUUAUUUUUAAGGAAAAAGUUAAAUAAAUCAAGUCCAAAAAUGUCUUAAUAUGUUUCAUGUUCACAUACACACAAAUCUAGACAAAUUCAUAAAUGUCUCAAAUGUCUUCUAAAAUAUCAUAUUUUAUACUAUCUCCGUCCCAUAAUUUACUUCCGCAGUACAAAUGUCACACAGAUUAAGAAAGUGAAUUUUGUGUGGUGGAAGUUUUGCAGAGGAGUGAGAAAUGUGUAAGAAUUGUUUUGAACCACAAAUACUUUGCCAAAAAGGGAAAAAAGUUCUUUUUGGAAAGAACGAAAAGAGAAAAUUGAAAGUAUUUUCACAUUAAAAUAUUAGGGAGGGAGUUAAUGUCUCAAAUGAAUACACCUCCCUAAAUUUUCACUUCAAUGGCCAGAUGCUUAACCGGUGUUUAUUAAACCUUCUCCUUCUGUAGGGUUUUUCAUCCUUCUCUCGCCACUAAAAAUGACUAAGCUGAGGAAGCUGAAUCGCCCAACGGGUCAUCGACUGUCCAUGCUCAGGACAAUGGUGUCGCAGUUAGUCAAGCAUGAGCGUAUAGAGACCACUGUCGCUAAAGCUAAGGAAGUUCGUAGGCUUGCCGAUAAUAUGGUGCAGCUGGGAAAAGAGGGUACUCUGUGUGCUGCAAGGCGUGCAGCUGGCUUUGUGCGCGGUGAUGAUGUUCUUCAUAAGUUGUUUACUGAACUGGCAUAUAGAUACAGAGAAAGAGCCGGUGGAUAUACAAGAUUGUUAAGAACACGUAUUCGAGUUGGUGACGCUGCUCCUAUGGCAUAUAUUGAGUUCAUUGACAGGGAGAAUGAACUUAGACAAUCAAAACCGCCCACCCCACAACCACCACAAAAACCAGCCAUGGAUCCAUGGACAAAGUCUCGGCUCUGCAGGCAGUUUGCACCCCCUAAAGAGGAUAAAAGUUCCGACUCCGAGAAUUGAAAAACAUUAGUAACAUAUCGAGUAUAUGGAAGAAUUUCUCUCCUCUGGCAGUUUGUAUUGCCAAAUCUGUUACUCCCUUCAUUCCAACAUGUAAGUGGUACACAUGCCCUUGCCAGCUUUUUACGAAAAUAAAGAGUAUUCUUUUUAUUUUACAAUUGUAAUCUUGUUGAUGUAAAAAAGAUUGGUAUGAGUACUGGAAAAGUAACAGAUGAAGUUUUAGACAAAAUGAUUAACUGAAAAUGUAGAAAAGAGACGAUCUAAAACAGAUAAUGCUUGUGGAGCUGAUGUGGACACGGUUUCAAGUGGUUACAGAAACCGUUACCAGAAGUGGUAGGUCCUGCCUGGUAGGUGGACAUGGCUGAUUUUGGCUAGGAUUGGGGUUUUGGAGGCCCUUUAACGUACAACGUAAAUUGGUGAAAUUGGUCUGGUUCUAGAUAGGACACAAUUGUGGUUCUGGAUAAAAUUUUGAUUUUAGAUCGUCUCUUCUCGGAUUUCUUGGCAUAUAACAAAAUCGUAGCUGGAAUUGGUUGAUACGGUCUUAUUUGGAGGAAUGCAUUUAAAUCGAUUCCGAGUUUGAAUUAGAAAAGUGGUUUAGUUUGUGUAGAAAAUCCCAGCCGUCCCAGUAUGAAACUAGCGUCCAUAUUCAGUUUUGGGUAUCGGUUUCGGAGUCAGAUACUCAGAUCAGGCUGUUGAGCUUUGAACACAUUUUAUUA